GGGACUGUUCGAAAAAAAGCCUUCACCAGCAUGGCUACACGUGUUUACGUUAAUGUGGACGUGGAACCUUUCUGCGCGGAGCUAGUCUUUCCAAAGGGUGUUGACGUCGGAGGAUUUGUUUCUCUCGUCUUUGGCCCUUUUGUCCACGGAAGCACAGCUGACCCAAACUCCAAGUCCGGUCGGCGUUUCGCCCUUGCCAAGGGGAACAAGAAAGAUCAGCCAAAGCCGGUCAGCAAAAAGGUAUUCAUUCAGGCCCCAUAUGGAGAACGUAAUCCUCUCUGCACGCUCCGCGAGGCCCCACUACCCGAUCUCGAAGACAUUCCGGAUGAGUCUGAAGAUGAAGCCGUAGACGAUCCCAUAUAUGAGCCCAGCAGAGAGGGCGGAGGACCAGCUGCGAAGAUCGUGAGCCCAAUGGUAAAAAGGGGCCAAAACAACGAGGGAGGCAAGAAAGAAAACGAAGGAGUCACGUGUUCCUUUUGUGGGGGAUGGUUCGCAAACCACGAGGUGAUGCAGUAUCACCAUGCUCUAUCCCACUUCAAGCCCGCCGCAAAAUCACAAGAGAAAAAAACUGUAUACGGAUGCAGCGAAUGCAAGCAAAUGUUUUCAUCGAGCGCCGAUUGCAUUCUCCACAAGUGGAAGCACAAACCAGAAUCGGAGUGGCCGUUCCAGUGUAAGACGUGUAAUCGGGGCUUUACGAAGAAGCACUUCUUUCUUCGACAUCAGGAUGCACACAAGAAGAAGGCGGAGAAAGCAGCAGAGAUGAAAAUUGUCUCACCUCGAGAGACUUUCCUCUGUGUCCACUGCGAGCAACUGUUCCUGAGCCAGGCCGGUCUCGCCCGCCACCUCACCAGGUACCACACGAAGAAACCUGUGGAUGAUCCAGACCCAGAGACUGUACCAGAACGGGAAGCCCAGGUCAAUUCAAACGUCGUCACUAUUCAUUGUGAUCAUUGCACCUUUGGCUGCAAUGACGUUCAAGAGCUUGCCGAGCACGUCAUGCUGAACCAUCCGAACGUUGAAGUGUUCAGGUGCCAGGACUGUUCAAAACCCUACCUUGUGAAAGACGACCUGGACGUUCACAGGGCUGUGAAACAUGUUCCCUUGAGCGUCACGCCGACGGCAGAAGGCUUUUACGUCUGUCACAUAUGUGAUAGGAAGCUUCAGAGCUUCAGUGGCUAUUGGAACCACCUCAGGGGUCACACAAAGGCAAGGCCUUUCCUCUGUGACCACUGUGGCCAUCGCUACUGCAGUCGAGGGGCCCUCACGAAGCACACUCGCACCCACCAUUUUGCUAAUGCCGUCAAGUGUCCUCAUUGUUCUAAGGAGUUUGCAACACUGUCCUACCUGAAGGUCCACGAGCGCUUGGUGCAUAUCCGCGACUUCAAUUAUGCUUGCAAAAUUUGUGGCCAUAAAUUUCCGAGUGAAAGGAAACAGCAGAUGCACAUGGCCAUUGUGCAUGAGCAGGAACUCACCAAAGAGGAACUGGCUUCCAUGAAGCGGGUCCGAGAAUUCUGCUGCAGUCACUGCCCGUUCAAGACAUACAGCCAGUUUCAGUUCCGUAGGCACGUUGCAUCUCAUACGGGAAAGUACGCUUUCCCUUGCACACAAUGCUCUCGAGGAUUCACAUUCAGGUACCAGCUGACGCUUCACAUGAGGAAGAGCCAUCGUCCAGGAGGUCCCCUCAGGUGUUCCACCUGCCCACGUAACUUUGCGGCAGAAGACGUUCACAAGGCUCACAUGGAGUUGCACGCUUCACCCCUGGCAUCAAGCCUGACGUGCAAGGACUGUAAUCGUCUGUUUGAGACGCCGCGUCUGUUGGACAGGCACCGUUCGGCGAUACAUUUGGGCAAGGCGAGGUUUCCGUGCACCAAGUGUCCCAAGAUAUACUCCGUGGCCAGUGGACUGGCACAGCAUGUGCGUCGAGUGCACAAAGGGGCAGACUACCGGCUUCAGCAUCCGGGUACCCUGCAGACUGCACCACGUUGCAGCUCGUACCCUCAAAAGCCAGGGUGGAAAUUCUGCUGCGAGCCGUGUCAACGGUUUUUCAAGUACGAAAGUAGCCUGCGUGCACACAGGAUCUGCUACCAUACGGAAGGGGUUGGACCACCGAGGGAGCAGAAAACGUGCCCGGAAUGUGGAAAAGUGUUUCAAAGUGGAAUCCACCUGUCCCUGCACAUCCGUAUGCAUACCAAGGAGCAGAGCUUCAAGUGCACUCUAUGCAGCAAGUCCUACAGGAAUAGGAGUGGCCUCAAGAAACACAUAGCCGUAACUCACAGGUCGUCGUGUCGCUUCUUUUGCCCACGCUGUGAGAUGGGCUUCGUCAGUCAGGCUUCUCAUCUGCUGCACUGUAAAUUUUGCAAGAAGGAUGGCCCUGACAGGCCAAAAGCCCAGGAAGAGCAAGCACCCACACAGCACGAGUUACCACAAAUACUGCAGCAGGCAGUGGAAUUAGGUGAACCUCAAGUACCCGUGGUGGACAGUUUCAUGGAUACAGCAGCACAGGAGAUGGUUGAUGACCCAACCUAUAACAUGGACUCGGCGCAGCACGUUCUGCAGCUGCUUUCAGACGUGUCUCAAGUGGAGGUGGUGGUCAGUGAGUCGAUGCAUCCCGCUUCAGCAUCUCUGUGGUGAUAGUGUGUACAAUGCUGGCUCAUUGUUUACUGUGAUCUGAAAUGACAGUGCAGUUUACUCAAGGCAGGCAUUUCUACACGCCUUGCAAACACAUAACGAGAAUAAACGCUAUGGGAGGUUACA